CAGUUCUGUUGACCAAACUGUCAAAACUCCAAAGAAAACGGAAUAUCAAAAAACAAGAAAACCUUCAGCUAACUAGUUUUUUGCAAUAAAUUCUUUUGUUUUUUAAACAUUUUUAUUGUGUUAUUUUAAUAUUAAAUAAUUUAUCUAUCAAGAAACAAUCCAUCACAAUAUGGCUUCAAUCGACGAAGAUUUAUCAACCCAAUUAAAAAACUGGGAUCCCAUGGGUGAUGAUUACAAAGACUCAAAAUUCAACACAUACUCAAGUGGCCCAGGUGCUGAAUUAGAAGACAGCAUGCAGCCGGCAGAGUUGGCCAAACGCUCGGCACAUCAUCAAAAACCUAAAGAUCCAUGUUUGGUGUUUAAAUUUGUCCCAACCACACUCACUCUGGAUGGUUUAAUGAACAUUUGUUCGACAUUUGGAAAAUGUCUUCGCGGACGCAAGUUUGGCGAAAAUAUGUAUUUCAUUGAUUUUGCGUCUAUUAACGAUAUGGAACGAGUUUUCACUGGAUUACAAGGCAACUCGUAUGGUUUUCGAGUUGAACUGUCUAAGAAGGACCAGAAUGCGAAUAAACAAAAUACUCAACCUCAACACACUUCUAAUGCUCUGCCUCCUCAGAAUUCGUUUCAAUCACAGUCACAGAAAAUAGAUUAUAAUCGUUCUUAUCAAGUUUCAUCUCGAAAUGUUCCUCGGCCUCAGUUCGAUAAGUCGCCUUUAGUUCAGAAAAAUGAUUAUAAUGAUUCUCGUAAUAACCUUAAUCGAAAUGAUCCACAAAGGCAUUUCAUGAUUGAAGAUGAUGCCCAUGAAUUAGAUCGAGUGCCCUAUUCAAAGAAAACGGAACCCGAAGAUGGGAAAUACAAUUAUCACACCGGGAGAGCUUAUUACACGAUGCCACAGAAGGGCAAACAAUUCAUUGAAGAAAAACAAAAAGCUACACUUGGGGGUUAUGAUAGUAACAAGCAUCUUCAAAAGUUAAAUUUGGAGAAGAAAGCCUUAUCAAAUGCUGGUGAUAUAUUGCAAGACUUGAAUAAAGCUCUAGCUAAAGGAAAGAAUGCUCAUGAAGUGGAAUCCAUUAAAGGAAGCAUAAGAGCAACACUUGCGGGAAUAUUCACCAAACCAUCGGAAAGCUGUGAAAAUGCCAAAAUUGGACCUUGUGAGCACUGUGGCAACAAUUGCGACUUAGUUUGUCCAAGAUGCAUGGCACCUUUUUGUAGUGUCGAAUGCCAAAAAGCCGAAUGGACAAGACAUCGUUAUAUUUGUGGUAAACCAGCUUCAAUGUGGCCAGCAUGGGCUAAACAAGUGGCUAAACAAAGAAAUUUAACAGAGCAAAUGACCGAUUUGACAAUUGAAUCUCCACCAUCUAAUCCACCAUCUCAUCAAGAUUCAUCGAAAAAAGCUGCAUUAAAAGCACUACUUCCACCAUCUGGCAACAAUGUCAUACUUACAGCGAUAUCCAAAACAAAUGUUGUCUUUGUUCGAUCAACUGCAUACGAUGAUAAUUUAAAAUUUUUCAAUACGGUGUCGACAAUUCAAAAAAUGGCUAACCAACAAUCUCGUAUUCAACAUACACCCGAAAGAGGUGACAUUGUUCUUACAAAAUUCAAAGAAAAUCAAUAUAAUCGAGCUAUGAUCUUGAAUCCUGAUAAUUUGGAUCAAAUAAAAUUGAUUUAUGUUGAUUACGGAAACAUUGAUUCAAAGUCAUUGGAUGAGCUUUAUAAUGCACCCGAAGAAUACUGGAAUUUACCACGUAUGGCUGUUCCAAUAAUUUUGAAAAAUGUCCCCGAGUUCUUUAUGACGGACGAAGUGAAGAAGUACAUGUAUAGUUAUUUGAAUAAAGAUAUGAAAAUUGUUUAUGACAAUGAUGAUUUGCAAAAUGGAGUUAAUCUAACAGAACUCUUUGAUUUGACUUCGAAUGAAAGUUUCAAUGAAAUGAUUGCAUUAUUUAAAGCUGGUGGAGUUGAAAAAAAUAAAACGACAGUUGUUUAUCGUGAGUUUUUGGAAGAUUCACCAUUGCCCACUGGAGAAAAUGUUGAACUUCUUGUCAUAGAUAGUUCUCUGCUGCAGACAGGUUUUGUGUCAUGCACAACUGAAGCAUAUGCUAAUGAGAUACAAAAGUUUCAAAAUGAUAUUCAGAAAUAUGUUAAAGAAAAUGCAGCAACAUCUUCUUAUACCCCAAGAGUCAAUGAACUUUGUCUUGCAAAAUAUGAUGAAGACAAUCUUUGGUACCGUGGCAGAUGCAUUGAAGUCGUUGGUGAUGGUCAUCCAACUAUUUUAUUCUUUGAUUAUGGUAACCUUUGUAUAGUUAGUGUAGAGAACAUAAUCAAAUAUCCUGAAGAAUUUACAUUCCCUAUUAUGACAGCUGAUUGUGAGAUAAGUGGUCUACCAGAAAAAAUAGAUGAUGACUUGAAAAACAAAUUAGAAGAAAUCUUAGAUGCUGGCACAACAAUCAUGUGUGAAAAUGUUCAAUAUAUUGAAGAAGAUAAUAUUUAUUCAAUUAAUUUAGGAGAUUUAUUGAAAGGUGUUUUACCUUAAAUUUAUGAUUGGUAUCGAUUUAAAUUACAUACAUACAUUUAAUGAUAUAACUUCUAAUCGAAAUCAACUACUAUUAACACUUAAGUGGAUACAUUUCUUGUUCGUAAUUUUUUGUUUAUUUUAAAUCAUUGUUAUUUUUAUUCUUUCUAUUUAGUAUAAGUAAACAAAAUUGCAAAAUAUGUGUUUUUACCUUAAAAAAUUACAAGUUGUUUUUUGUUUUGUUUCGGCUAGGCAAAUAUGUAUUUUAUAUCUUCUAAGAUCAUAUAUCACUCAUUUACUUGAACUUGAACUGUCAUAACUAAAAAAAAAAACUGGUUUAAAAAAAAAAACGAGUUUUAUGUCGUUUUCUAUUGACGAGAUUCAGAAUUAGAUUUGUGAAUCUGGCAGCUGAAAGAGGGGGAGAAGUGGGGAAAGAGUGGAAAUAUCUCAGAUUAAAAAAAAUGAAUCUGAGAUUCAAUAAUCUGAAUCUGGAUUUUUAUCAAGAUUCACGCAUACAAGCACACACUCCUCUGUUUGACAUUUGUCUGAACAUUUGAUGUUGUUUUAUUUUAAAAAGUUUUUUUUUUUUUUAUACGCAUAGAUUUCGUACACAAUUACAAUACUAGAUUUCAUAUUCAAUUUGCAGUUGAAAAUCUGAGAUUUUUACACAAAAAUCUCAAAAGCAAAUAGAAAACGACAUUAAAUUUAGUACCAAUCUAUUCUUGUAUGAAAAAAGUUCUAAAACAAAGCUCUUCCGUCAGUUUUAAAAGCUAAGAAAUGACUUUUUGUAGGGUUAAACAUUACUUUAUUACAAUCACUUUUGCAGUAAUAACUCAAAAUUUGUUAUUUUUUAGUUAUGACAGUAUUCAAGUAAAUGAGCGAUAUGUAUACGAAAAAAAAAAAAUAUUCAAUGAACAAAUAAUUUAAAUAUAUGCACAAAAUUCUCUUAGGCUUAUUUUUACAAACACCUAACUAAACUUGCGUUGGGGCGUUUCUUACUACUUUAACCUAGUACGCAGCUAAAGCGAAACAACCAAAUCUUGAACCAAAUUUAAUUUUUUUUAUGUGUUAAAACUUUUUUUCUGAUGUUUUUUCUUGAAUUUUUUUUAAUUUGUAUUUUUAUUAUUUUGACUUUGACAUGAGUAAUAAUGGGUCAAGUCCACAAAUUAAAUUUGUUUUGUUUUUACUUUAAAACUUAUUUUCUGAUGUUUUUCUUGAAUUUUGUAAUUUAUAUUUUUAUUUUUUUUACUUUGCUAUAAUACCCGAAUGUAUUUUUUCGUUAACGUAUUCGCUGUUGACUUUGGAGACUUCAAGUCACAAAAGUACAUUUUUCGCUUUAGCUGCGUAUUAGAUUUAAAGUACAUUUUUUAAAGAGCGUCGCGUAAAAAUAAUGCUAUCGAAAAAGUUAAAAAUCUCAACAAGUCCUUAUAAACGCUUUCUGUUUAACAAGAUCUUUACUUCUUAGGCCUAGUACGCUGCUGAUGCGAAAUGAAACUUUUAUUCGGUCUCCACGAGAACAACGAAUUUUUUUGCGAAAUCCCAACGGAAAAAUAAAAGCAAACACACAUCUCAGAUAGACAUGCAAUGACUUUUCAAUUCCGCUGGGAUAUGGGAUUUUUCGGGUCGCGAGUCAUAAAAGAGCCCAUAAAGUCUUAUACGGACAGUCAGACCUAUUUUGUACAAAUAAAUAAAUGAAUGAAACAAAAACAAAUAUUGUUAAAUUAAAAACAAUUGGAGGUCUCACACCUGUAACGGACCAAAUCAAAAAUAUAAAAAAACAUAAAUCUGGCGCCAAAAUCUGGGCAAGGCUUAACUCUAUUUAAAUCUUUCAUUAGUUUGGUCAAAAAGUGUUUAGUUUCGAAUUGUCAUCUUUUCAACAUUCACCAUAAGAUUCAAUGGUAGAGUAUUUACGUCAACUCGUUAUAUCUCCGAAUUUAUUUUUGAGAAUUCGUAUAGAAGUGAGCCUAAAUGGUCCGUGAAUAAAAUAAAAUCUAGUUUUGCUUAAAGCCUAGUAUGCAGAUCGAGCUAAAUUUCAUAAAAAAAUCUCAAAAAUUUAGUCGAGCUAAAAUGUAUUCAAACAAUUUUCGGCCCUAUCCUGAGUUUCACGUGGAAAUUUUUCCAUCCGAAAUAUUUUUGUUCGCCUGAAAUUAUUGAGUUUCACACGAAGGGAAUUUACAUUUUUGGGUAAACUAGCUUCUUGUACGCCACCAAAAUUUAACUGAGGAAAGAGAUAUCGAAUACCUCGCAUAUUACCUGAAUCGAAUUUACUAAUACGGGAAGUUUUCGGAACGUGAACAACUUUUCGCCCGGAACUCACAAUAGGGGAAAAGUGAAAUUUAAUUUUUUCCGCGGGGAAUCUUGUUCACGUGAAACUCAGGAAAGGGGCUGAAUGUUAUUUUUUAAAGGGUGAAUGAAUGUGAAAACUUCGUAAAUAGAAUUAAUUUUUUUUAGUUUAUUUUUUUUAGUUUAUUUUUUUUUUCUUUCCUCAAUUUUUUUGUUUCUUACAAUUUUAAUCAAAACGAAUUUGGAAAUGUAUCUAAAUGUUAUUAAUUUCAAUAUUCGCUUUUGUCUUAUAAAGAUAACAUUCAAAUAAAAAUUAAUUUGUUACUUUUAUUUUUUAUAUUUAAAAAAAAAAAAAACAAAGACUGUUAAAAUACAAAUACAAAAAUAUGCUAUGUGUACUAUUCUUCAAUAUCACAAAAAUAUGUAAUAAACUGAAUACAAUUCUUAUUAUAUGUCUCAUACAAAUUUUAUGGUUGUGAUUCUUAUUUGGCUUUUAUUUAAUGUUUGUUUUUUAUUGGACGUGUGUUUUCUUUUCUGAAAAAGUAAAAAUUCAAAAUAUCGCAAAAAUCGCAAACAUGUGAAAAUGCGUUCAAGGGGAAACCGUUUCUUCGAUCCGUCAGACUUUGAACUUUUUAGAACCAAAUUUGUGAUUAGAUCGGUACAACAUUAUCCCCACCCAUUACUGCAAACAUGCAAAACCAUGCCAGUGAAGCCCUUAUUUGAAUGUAUAUUUAUUAUUGGAUAUGAAUAAAAAGAAUUGAUUUGACAAACAA